AUGGCAUCGACAAUUGUUCUUCCACGACAAAUCCCUCUUUGGCUUUGUCCUGAGCUUCUUGGCGAAUAUCUAUCAUACAUACGCGGCGUCGACCUCGAUUCUUGUUCACAGGUGUGCCAUUAUUGGAGUGAACCUGCUAAGAUGGCUCGUUUCAGAGUCAUCGAUGUAGACGAUUCAUAUCUCCUCACACUCUUGGAGAGCAAUCCCCGUCACUCGCUUUACGUCCGCUGCGUUAUUGGUGGUGCUCAAAGCAUGUUUGCUCAUACAAUGACCCCCUAUCCCAUUCGCCUGAGGUCUCUCGAAAUUCGAGGAUAUGAUGUCGUUUCGACUGGGGAUCGGAUCAACCAAGCUAUCGUCGCGUUCUCUCCUACCAUCACUUCAUUCACCAUUCAUAGCUGCCUUCGAAUGUCCUAUUCUGCUUUCUACGGACUUCUUCAGUCUCUCACUCAUUGCAAACUGCUAGAGAAAUUGACGCUGCCAUCUCCUGCAAGGAUACUCGAUGAAAAUCUUACACCUGAACAGCGCGCUGAAGAAGCCAACGCCGCAUUUCAAACCUUACCUCAUGGUACUGAGGAUAAGGUGAAACUGUCAUUCAUGCAGCUCAUCCCUACCUCAUACCGCCAUGACCCACAAUAUACCCAUAAUCCUGCAAUGAAGACCCCUCAUACCUGGAUGUAUGGAUGGCUUGAUCCGGAAAUAUGCCCAUUUGACCUUCACGAACUCGCAACGCUUGUGAUAGGUUCCGCUCGCGCGGCGGAAGUUCUUCUGCCUCGAAUCUCGGAACACCUCACCAGGCUUCAAUUUUGUUUACCAUUUGACAACCGUUCCUCCUGGAAACACUACGAGUACCUUCGAAGAUCUCCAAUCAUCUUGUCUUCUUUGAAGCAUCUCAGUAUGACCUUUCACAUUCGCCCUUCGAAAUAUAUACUCGAUAUCAUUCGAGCGCCGGCGAUAAAGACCAUCCACAUCGAAUGGAACACCUCUAUCUCAUACUCCACCUACGAAGCACAGUUCCAGCGCAUAGACAGACAAAUCUCCCGACUGGAUGAUAGUCAUGUCUUUCCGUGUCACCUGUCGAAUAUUCGUCUUGUAACGAUCUUCUGUCCUGACGCCCAUUGGUGCACGCAGGCGUUUCCAGUUUGCACUCUUUUUGGUGUCAAUGUUUCUUCAUAUGUUAGCACUCAAACCUUGUAA